ACCCAAUCAGACACCGCCAGUAUCUUAAGUGUAACACAGAUUUAUCCUUGCGCCGGCCCAUAGCGAAUUGCCAACAGACCAAAAAGUCGCAGCUUACAUCGCUAAGUGACACAAUUACCCGAACAAUCUUUGUAGAAAAAUAUGGGGAAUCUUCACGUGUUGUCACAGACGUAGAGACAACUGAAUUUCUUCAAUGAUAUCGCUGACAUUUUAAACCCCACUUGGAGGAAAUCCUACCGCGUUACAUUAAAACUAAAUCAAAAUUUCUUAUUUGAGCGGGGAUUUCUAACACAACCGUCAAGAUUGAUCUUCUAAUGGAACAAUCCACGUUUGGGGAGGUGAACCAGCUCGGAGGCGUUUUCGUCAAUGGUCGCCCUCUACCAAACGCAAUCCGCCUCCGUAUUGUCGAACUGGCUCAGUUAGGAGUUAGACCAUGUGACAUUUCCCGCCAACUCCGGGUAUCACAUGGUUGUGUGAGUAAAAUUUUAGCCAGAUAUAACGAGACAGGUUCAAUUUUACCCGGAGCAAUAGGCGGCAGUAAACCACGCGUGACAACCCCAAAUGUUGUCAAACAUAUCAAAAUGUACAAGGAGAGAGACCCAGGGAUAUUCGCGUGGGAAAUUAGGGACAAGCUUUUGGCUGAUGGAGUUUGUGAUAAAUAUAACGUUCCGUCAGUGAGUUCCAUUAGUAGAAUUUUAAGGAACAAAAUUGGAAACAACCCCACCCCAACACCCAUAAGUCAAGGAUACGACAAAAAUCCAAUAAUGUCUUCCCCACCCGCACCUGCGCCGAUUUACAAUCACCAGUUUUACCCAUAUUCAUGUUCAACGCCCUCUAUGCCACCCGUGCAUUCUCCGCAAAUGCCUGUAUCGCAACCACUUGCUCAACUGAACCCAAACAAGCCACCCCAAUCAGCUUCGAACUGUGUGACACCCUGCAUGAUGAGGGCUUGGGCCACCUCGUCACAUUCCGUCAAUGACAUUUUGGGAUUUCGUCCCCAUCCUAUGCAGCAGACAAUGCCUCCACAUCAACCCCACCCGCAGGACAAUAUGGGGAACAUUGGUCAGAACUAUAACAUGAAUUACUAUGCCAUGAAACCAACAACCAUGGCCCCAAUGUAUCUACAGAGUUGACAAACGAAACAAUUUUGCCCGAAUUGAUAACUCAUUAAUCUUAUUUUGUGCCAAAUAUGGAAAUCGUCAUACGUCAGGUAUUUCAAAUGUUACAAUGGUGCUCUUUUAUAUCUUCAAUGGAAGUACAGUAUUUUGCAUAUUCAGUGCUUAUUUAAUAAGUUUGGCUUUGUUGAGUUUAUUAUCUAUUAAAAUCACAUAUAUAGUCUCUAA